AUGCAACCUCUAAGUGGCACAAUAUUCCGGCGCAGCGGCGGGCUGCUGCCGAGUGCGCAAUCAACCUCUACUCUGGCACACUGGCGCCGUCGUCUCAGCACACUCGGUCACAGAUUCGCCGCAGCACGCGCGGCCCAUGCAUCGGCUCCGGCGUCGUCAGCCCUGUCGGCACACGACUUUGCCGCCCUCACCCCGCUUCUUCUUCUGCGCCAAAUGCUGCAGCAGCACACCCAGCUCGACGGUAUCGGCUUGGGUGCGCAGCUCCACCCCAACGAACAACACAUCGUCAUUUCUCGCACCAAGUUUUGCCAUUUCUGCGCUGCUUCGCACGUCGCGGACCCGAACGCUGCCCUAGCGGAUUUGGAAGCGGCGGGCGUGGUGGUGGUGCUGGACGGCGGAAACAUAGUUCACCUGAGGCCGGUACUGUUCCUUGAAACUCUGGAGAUGAUCCGCAACGUAGCGAGGCCGUCAAGCAGCGGCGACGGGACGCUUGAGACGAGCUCGAAGCCGUUGGUGGCGGUCGGCAGCUUCAUGCUAGAGGAAGCGGAGCGUCGUGUCGCGGCGCUGACCGAGAGGGAGAGGGCAAUGCGGUAUCGACUGCAGCCCGCCAUCGCGCGAGCAGCGCGCUGGCGGCGCACGGUAUGGGGUGGUGCGCUGCUCUACGCCGGCGCUCAGCUCGCCAUCAUCUCCCGUCUCACCUACUUUGACCUAAACUGGGACAUUAUGGAACCCGUUUCGUACAUGAUUACGGUUGCAAACACGCUUUUGUUUUUUCUGUACUACCUGCGCUUCGACGAAGAGCACUCCUAUACCGCCUAUGAUCAGCGAUUCCUACCUCGAAAAGUGCGCCAGUACGCUCCCAGGGACUUUGACUGGGCGGCGUACGCGGACGUGUGCCAGCAGCUCGCUGAGGAGCGCGCGAUGCUCGACUCCAUGUUGAAGUGGAGCGCGAAGCACUGA